GCUUCCGGCCACCGAGCGUGACGGACGCAUGAUGACGGGCUCCGUUGGAGCGGCUUCAGCGGCCUUUUCUAGCCGCGGAAACAGGACGAUGGAACAGGAGGGCACCUACCAAGUUGUUCUGCCAGGUCUGCCAACAGGUCGUUAUGUUUUAAAUACAGUUUUUUUGCACGCUGAUAUUACGGCGCGACCGUACCGGAUUGAAGAUUUCCGUGACGCAUUGGCACCGCAUUCGCUUCUUCCGGAUGUUAUCGCCCUGGGGGCGUAUCGCAUGAGCCAUGUCUGGGCUAUCACUUUCAAGGACGCGGACGCGGUGAAGAAGAUCUCGAGCAUCGGGGAGCUGCGUGUAAAAAACCGGCGCUGCCUGGUGAUUGACCCGGCGAACCAGGACGUUCGACUGAAGCUCCACUGGCUUCUACACAAUGUGCCUGAUGAGGACGUGCGUGUCGCCUUUGCGCCCUAUGGGAAAGUUACCGAAGUAGGCCGGGAGCGCUGGCGUGUGCAAGGUAUGACAGAGAAGGGAUCAACCACCCGGCUUGUCACCCUCAAGUUGAAAGCGGGCGUGAAGUUGGAUGACUUGCCCCACCAGCUGAGCGUUGGCGGUGAGUUGGCGCUUGUCGUGGUACCAGGCAGACCCCCGCUGUGCCUUCGGUGUCGCGGUACGGGCCACAUCCGCAAGGAAUGUCGAGUCCCGCGUUGCGGAAUCUGCCGACGCUUCGGGCACGAAGACGACCAGUGUACGCGCACUUACGCGAGCAUUACAGGCCCGGGAACCAGCGAGGACUCGUCCGAGAUGCUGAUGGACGAGGCGGAUGCUGAGGAAGCAGCCCGUGUGGGUGGACAACCACAGCGCCAGACUUGGCCAUCAUUCACGACUCUGGUGAAGCAGAAGGCGGGGCCGUCCGGCGCAACAGAUGGUAGUGUACAGGCGCAGCAUAAGCCUGAACAGGACGACGACGACAAGGCAAAGGAGGCGGCGAAAGCCGCGGACGCUAAAGAAAGCAGCGUGGAGACCCCCGGCAUUGAUACCAUGGAGACGAACCAGGAAGCGGCGAGCACCAUUGCUGGAAAACGUCCGCAUGAAGAAAGCGGAGACGUCAAGCUGCAGCCUGGCGGUAGCGGCGAUGAGCCUCCGCCGAAGGCAGGGGGACUGAGACGCUCGUCUUUAAAACCGCGGCCGAACAUUCCGGCCGACACGCGGAAGGCGGGGAAACCGCCUCCGUAGUAACACAGUGUCCUGGUCGGUGUCAGCGCCGGUUGUGUUGGUUGACCGGUGUCAAGAGGUCCUGGCAGUUGUGAGGAAGGCUACGUCAACCAUGAAGGUAGGCACCAUGCGGAUAGAGGCGUUUCUUCUUCUAAGACAUGGCUUUUAAUCUUGUUGCUCCACUUCGAGUUGCGACCUUGAACGUCAGAGGUCUGGGAGCAAGAAGGCGACAAUACCAGCUUAAUCGCCUUCUUCUGGAUAACGAUAUUGAUAUAAUUGCUUUACAAGAGUCGAAAAUAGAGAGCCAAGAGCACACUGACCGCAUGGUGUCUUCCUUUCAAGCAAACUUUCAUGUUUGCGUUUGUCAUUCUGUUGGGACGUCGGGUGGGUGCCUUGUAUUCAUACGUAAGACGUUAA